GGUGUGUCCAACUACCUUAUUCUCAGCUUGGCCGUAGCGGAUCUGAUGGUUGCCACUCUGCCAAUGCCUAUAUCGGCCGUGUCCGAAGUCUCAUUAGAUUGGUGGCUCGGAGAGUCAAUAUGUGAUUUCUGGAUCUGCUCCGACGUCCUCUGUUGCACAGCAUCCAUUCUCCAUUUGGUGGGUAUCGCACUUGAUCGGUAUUGGGCAGUGACUAAUGCAGAAUACUUUCGCCGUCGAACUGCUCGACGCAUAGGAAUAAUGAUUGCCGCAUUCUGGUUCCUAUCCCUGCUGAUUUCACUGCCGGCUCGGUUUGAUUAUGCCCGAAUUACAAACUGGAUUAAUGGAGUCAGCACCAACAUGACCGAGGUGUGCUCAAUCAACAAAGAAUAUGGAUAUACUAUAUUUUCCACUGUUGGUGCAUUCUAUGUUCCGAUGUUGUUCAUGAUCGGAAUUUAUGCGCGUAUUUAUGCUGUAGCUAGAUCUCGCAUUCGUAAAUCCGCAUUUCGAAAGCCUUACUGCGUUAGCAAAUUGGCAUCUAGAUCCCAUGUUCCCAAGAUACAAGUUGAAGGUAACAAUGCGGAACGGCCAUCCUCUAUCGAUCGCUUCCUCAAAUGUUGUCACAUUUGUUACAAAAAACCACCAAUGUCAAAUCAUCUCGAACCAGGGUGUGGACAUACGGAACAUACAUAUUUAACAAACCAGUUAUCUGCCACCGUCAGUUCUCGUGCUUACCACUCGUCUUCCAACACAGAAUUGAAUAGAGUUAAUGGGUGGAAAACAAAUCCAGCAAAAGAUGUUAUCAUGAGUUUGGAUGACUUGACCAAUGUGGUGACGCCGCGGGAUCAGAAAUCCACGGAUCCGUCAGACUGUGAUGAGAAGCAAAUUAAACCUAUUGUGAAUAUACAGGAAAUGCAGCGGAAAGACUCUCCACUCCCAAAAUUCACGGUGGACUCGUAUCCGGAAGAACCGUUGUUUGCCAACCGGAGUUUGAGUAUAUUUCACAAACAUUAUUGGAAUGGUGUCUGUCAUUCUGCUCCGGUGAGCUGGUACAAUAUAAAAUCUUUGGACAGUCCGACCAUAUACUCUACCAAUUCAGGUGACGAUAGUUCAGAAUCAAGAACAGAUCGAUCAGACGGCCCGGGUGACUGGUCAUCAUCUAGCUCCGAAAUACACAGACACUCCAAACACUCCAGCAUAACGCUUGAUUGGUAUAAUACAAAAUACAAAGCAGCACUCUGUAAACUAUUUCGAAGUCUGCUGAGAAGAAACUCCUGCAAUCGCCAACAGAUGACACGCUGGAGGCUAGCACGAAGAGGUCUAUCAGAAAACGCUGCUGAAUUUUGGCAGGCCUCACCAAACUUUCGGGAGAAAUACGGGGAUGCAAAACAAAUGGUCAAGGAGUCAAAAGUCGCCUCGAGUACCCUGAUCAGAGCUUCUGAAGCAAGCCUUCUACUAGCGGGACAAUGUCCCCCAAGUCCGCUUACUCUGGAAGCUGAGCAACACAAUGAAAUUCACCACCAAAAGUCCGCCGACGAAACUCCUCCAGUCUGUACCCAGACAGAGUUAUCCGCAACGGCUGCAGCAUUAAGACGUGAACGCAUAGAAAACAAAAGGGAACGAAAAGCCGUGAUGACUUUGGCAAUUAUAACUGGAUGUUUUAUGCUUUGCUGGCUACCCUUCUUCAUAAACGCUCUCGUUUCGCCUUUUUAUGAAAAGUGGCAGCCAUCGCGUGCUACUGGUGACAUUAUCCUCUGGCUUGGCUAUUCAAAUUCUCUACUGAACCCAGUUAUAUACACUAUAUUUUCACCAGAUUUCCGCGGGGCAUUUCGGAAAAUUUUGUUUGGUAGAUACUAUCGUUGGUCCAGAGAACGUUAA